AUUUUAUGAGCACGUUAUACCCGGCCCCACAUAAAUAUACACUACAAUUUGCUGUUUUAUUUCUCCGUGCGACACGUCGUCCUUCUUCUUCUUCAUCCGUUUCAAUCACCACCACCACGACCUCACCUCACCUUAACUCAAAUAUAUCCAUCAAUGUCCCUCUCGUAACCGUCAGAUCUUCCAAUUCAACGGUCACCAUUUCUCCGGCAGACAGGCAUGGGCGCCGAUUACUACAACAUACUAAAAGUUAACCGAAAUGCCACCGAGGAGGAUCUCAAGAAAGCUUACAAACGCCUCGCGAUGAUAUGGCAUCCUGAUAAAAACCCUACUGCUAAGCGAACGGAGGCGGAGGCGAAGUUCAAACAGAUAUCGGAAGCGUACGAUGUGCUCAGCGAUCCGCAGAAGCGUCAGAUCUAUGAUUUGUGGGGGGAAGAAGCGUUGAAAUCGGGGCAGUUUCCGACUCCGGCUUCCACGUCAGCUGCUGCUCCGUCGUCGUCGAAGCAUUACUAUCAUCAGCGGCAGCAUCCGAAUCCGUCGUUCAGGUUUCAACCUAGAAAUGCUGAGGAUAUUUAUGAGGAGCUGUUUGGAUCGGAGAAGGCCGGCGGAGGCGGUGUAGGGAGUAAUCGGAAUUUCUUUAGGAGUACUACGAAUAAUUUUCAUUAUGCUAAUGGACAUGGAGGUCGAGAGACGAGAAAGGCGGCCCCGAUUGAGAAUUUGUUGCCGUGUAGCUUGGAGGAGCUGUUCAAGGGGUGUGAGAAGAAAAUGCGGAUUUUGAGAGAGAUUUUUGAUUCUUCUGGUCUGGUUCGAACUGUUGAAGAAAUACUGACAAUCAAGGUAAAACCUGGUUGGAAGAAGGGAACAAAGAUCAAAUUUGAAGAAAAGGGUAACCAGGAGCCUGGUAUUAUUCCUGCAGAUCUCGUGUUUAUAGUAGAUGAAAAACCACAUGCUGUUUACAAGAGGGAUGGUAACGAUCUAGUGUUGAAGCAGGAAAUAACUCUGCUGGAGUCCCUCACGGGUAAGACUCUUCGCCUAACUACACUUGAAGGUAAAGAUCUCAUGAUCCCACUUUCAGAAAUUGUCAAACCGGGUGCUGAGGUAGUGGUCCCAAACGAAGGGAUGCCAUUUCUUAAAGUACCUGGAAAGAAGGGUAAUUUGAGAAUCAAGAUUGAUGUUAAGUACCCAUCAAGGCUUACCUCAGAACAGAAAUCUGAGCUAAAAAGAGUUUUAGGAGGAGUUUCAUGAUGGCCUAUCGCUUUGAAGAGAGAAGCUGGACUAAAUUGACUCGUGUAAUUAUCGUGAUAAGUAUUGGAUGUAAAUAUGGUGCAUCGACGUGGCUGUAGAUUGCGAAGCUUAGAGGGGAGAAAAGAGUGUUUGAUGCAUCUGUUGGUUGGAUUUCUUACAUGGCAUUAGCAUCAUUCUAACUGAAGGGAACAGGUAGACAAAUACAACCCGGUUCCUAUCAUUUUUGUCUUAGCAUCUUUUGCUUUUAUUCUGGAUGCUAUAAAUUAUAUUUAGAUUCCGAUUCUUGAAUAGGAGUUGAUCUUUUAUUGUGUUCUUUUUAUAUUCUAGGAAUUUAAUUUAUUUGUUAAACCUUUAUGUUUCAAUAGCUUGAUUUCACUAUUGAUAUUUUUAAUCUCUGGAAA